AUGGCCGAGCUCCCCAGCGGCGUGGCGCCCUCCCUCAAUGUGCCGGGCAUCGUGAACCUCGGGUUCCAGCUUGCCAACAAGCUGAACAUAUACGGCCUGGGGACCAAAUCCCCAGACACAGACGUUCGAUACCUUGUCGAUGAUAUCUUCGGCACGGCCUCAACCCUCGCUCAGCUCUGGGAACAUCUCAGCACUGACAAACAUGAUACGUUUUCCGUCUACAAAGACGCCGGCCGCAAAGACGUUGAGGAUCUCGCGGUCCGCUGCGGUAGGACUUAUGUCACCAUCAUCCGCAGCGUCUACAGGGCCAGCUUGGCAGCCAAAGUCGUCGAGGACGUCAACUUUGAGACGAUCCGCGUCGAGGACUUGAAGGCCGCCAGGCUCUGCGCCAUCAACGCCAAUAUGAACUGGAGCUUGGUCGAGGACGCCUUCGAGACUGCCGCGAAGCAGUUGCAGUGGCUCUUCGCGAGCCUCCUGCUGCACAUGCAGGUCUUUGAUGUGGCCCGUCUCCAAAUCAAAGCUCCCAGAGCCCCAGGUAGCUUCGAUGAGGAGCUCGCUUCAAGGGCAUUGGCCAGCCGCCUGCUCCAGCAAAGGAACAAGAACGUCAAGACUCUCGUAGAGGACUACGAGAAGAAGGCGGAUGAGCAGGCCAAGCGCGAAGCUCGAGCAGCCUACAAAGCUGCCAAGGCAGCGGAGGCUGCUGCAGAGGCUGAGGCCGCAAGCGUCUGCUCUGGUGAUGACGUGGCAUCGUGGAAGUCUGGAGAGACUGCCCAGGUCUCCAGGGCGCCUUCAAUCUGCGGCGACAAGGUCGAUGGAGAGAAGAAGACUGUUCCCGUUGUGGAAUCCUGCGCGCCGCCUCCUCCUCCUCCCGCUUUCAUUGAGCCUCCUCCACCUCCUCCAGUCAUGGACUAUCCACCACCGCCACCUCCCGAGCCCAUCGACAUCAAGCUUAUGACGCCCAAGCGCCGGUUCCCGGCCAAGGUCUUCAACAGCAUGGCCGAGUGGAUGCGGGGCCUCUUUGGCCGCGGCCUGCCGCCUCUGGACCACUUGGAGCUGGAAGCAAGCAUCAUCCACAGUGGGUAUCAGCUCCAUAGCAAGAAGAAGCCCCCAGUCCUGGCCUUCGAGCCGAAGACUCUGCUCCGCCAGCUCAAGCGUGUUCUCCGGAAGGUCGGAGAUACUCCCGGAGACCAGCUGAUCGGCCUCGACGCCCAGUUCCGUCUUGCUGUUCAGAAUGCCCCGCAGCGCGCGCAGAACAAGGACGGCCGCGUCAGGAACUUGAUUGCCGUCGACACCCGCGGCAUGCCCGAGUUCAUCGUCGCGUACAUGUCGAUGGAGCCUGCUCUGGAGCCUAUUCACUUGACUGACUCCAUUGGCCGCACCAUCGUUAUGCCGUAUGAGCAGUGCCGAACUCUGAAGGGAGCCCGUAACAUCAUCCACAAUCGCUUCCGCGACAUCACCAGAAUGUGGCCGAUGAUCAGCCAGGGCGCCUUCGAGAUCGUCAACGAAGACGACGUCGUUGUCACCCCGGCAGCCUGGGAGAACACCGUGAAGCCAGGCGCCGUCCUCACGAUGCGCCUCUCACCUUUCGCAGACAGCUCCGUCGGUCCGGAGUCCAAAACCUGGGCAGAGCCGUACAUGGGCCCGCCCCCGCCUCCGCCGGGCAUGUAUCCCCCGCCCCCGGGCUUUAGGCCAUGUGGUGUUCCUCCAGGCUUCCCGCGGCCAGGCGGCGGCGGCGGCAUGGCGCCGCCACCGGGCUGGCCAGGCCGCCCAGGCCCCAGAGUCAUCAACGUCGGCCCCGCCCCCAUCCGUCGGCGUCAUUGCCCGCGUCCCCCGUCUUCGGUGCUGAGCUGGAUGGCCGGCUCCACAAACACCACCGAUCGGGAGCUCGAGGAGUGGAAGCUCGGCUUCGAGCCGGACUUUGGCGGCCCGGGGCCGACAAGGGAGAAGGACAUGGACGAACUGACGUGGAACAAUCUCGGCCGGCUUGUGGCGCAGUGGACUUAUGCCACGGACACCGAGUUCAACACUGACUCGGGGACUAUGCCGUGGUACGAUGACGCCGCGACGACUCGGUCUGUUAGCUCUAGUUCUUCGUCCUCCUCUUCGGAUGAGAUUGUGGAUGAUUGA